UAAUGAAUGGGAUUGUUCAUGCUAGUUUUGUAUUAAUGUGUCGUUCAUACAAGGCGAGAGGGGUCGUUAGAUGCGUUUGAAUGUCAGAAUGAGUACCAAUAAAAGGACAGAGAAAUCCAAGUCUGUGGAUCAAAUGGAAUACUUAAGAGCAAAAGAAGAGGAUUUUGUGGAGAAAUUUGAAGAGGAACUGUGUUGGUGUAUAAAUCAACUGCAGCUUUCCAUUGAAUCCAAAAAUGUGUCACAAAAACAGGUUGAAGACUCCAUCAAGAUGCUAAAGACACUUCAGAAUCCCAAAGCUCCAUUAAUUAAAAAACGACAAGUAAUGAGAGGAGCUUUUGGAGAUUACAGACUGAAAAUGAAAGAAGAUAAGAAAAAGUUUGGAUUUGACACAAAAAAGCUAAAGAUAGGAACCCCAAGAGAGGAACAACGGAAAGGAAAGUUUUUGAGAGUUUGUGCAUCUCGGAAAGAUAGUAAUAAAAAUUGUGAUAAUAAAACAGAUCAGUUUCAUUUCAUUCAAUCAGAUAACAGCUUUAGGUUUCAGUUCUCUCUACCAGAGAAUGAAAUUGAAAAUACAGUUUUUACAGAAGAUAAAAAAGAUGGUGCUUUAUGAUUAUGUAUAAACUGUCAAUAAAUCUUGUAAAUAUUGUAUUUGCAGUAUUUUAUAAUUA